AUGUCCUCCGAGGUGGCCGCGCGCCGCGACGCCAAGAAGCUGGUGCGCUCCCCCAGCGGCCUGCGCAUGGUGCCCGAGCACCGCGCCUUUGGCAGCCCCUUCGGCCUGGAGGAGCCGCAGUGGGUCCCGGAUAAGGAGGCCCGCCGUGCCUCCCUGCUGCCCCGACCCGGGCCCCCGAAGCGCUUCGUCUGGCUCCUGCUGCCCUUCCGGGGCCCCCCACGGCCGCCGUCGGUACCCCGGGUUCCCGCUUCCCGCCCCGCUGUCAGCCAGGCCUGCCUGCGGGGUGAGCGUGGCCCCCCCCCGCCCCCAGAGGCUGGAGCCUCCCCCAGCGACCCUAGCGGAGGCGUCUGUCAUCUGGCCGGAGGCGCGCUCGUGCAGGGCCCUCCUGGAGCUACUUUUCUCGUAACUUUUGGAAACUCUGAGAAGCCAGAAACCAUGGUUUGUCGUCUCUCCAACAACCAGAGGUACUUGCUUCUGGAUGGGGACAGCCGCCACGAGAUUGACAUUGCGCACAUUUCGACUGUGCAGAUCCUCACGGAAGGCUUUCCGCCCGGAGAAAAAGACACUCACACUUACACCAGCCUCCUGGGGAGCCAGCCCGCCUCUGAAGGAGGCAACACACGGGCCACAGGCAUGUCCCUGCGGUUUGCAGCACCGGGGGCGGAGGGCCUGACGCAGCUGAAGCUGACGGCCGGGGAGGACGCACACGCCAGCAGGAGGCAGUCGACGGCGUGGCUGGCGGCCAUGCACAAGGCCACCAAGCUCCUCUACGAGUCGAGGGACCAGUGA